ACAAGGGGCCAAAGGACGACUCCUGCAAGAAUCCGCCGUCUGCCUUGAGUACGGCCGGAAUCAUGUCGAGUUUAGCGGUGAGAGACCUGGCCAUGGAUCGAUCACUGCGUUCCAUGUUCGUGGGGAACAUUCCGUAUGAGGCGACUGAGGAGCAGUUAAAGGACAUUUUCUCCGAGGUCGGUUCGGUGGUCAGUUUCCGGCUGGUGUACGAUAGAGAGAUGGGAAAACCUAAGGGUUAUGGCUUCUGUGAGUACCAAGACCAGGAGACCGCGCUUAGUGCCAUGCGGAACCUCAAUGAGCGGGAGUUCAGUGGGCGAGCACUUCGGGUGGACAAUGCUGCCAGUGAGAAGAAUAAGGAGGAGUUAAAGAGCCUGGGGCCUGCGGCACCCAUCAUUGACUCACCCUAUGGGGACCCCAUCGAUCCAGAAGAUGCCCCUGAAUCGAUUACCAGAGCGGUCGCCAGUCUCCCCCCGGAGCAGAUGUUUGAGCUGAUGAAGCAGAUGAAGCUCUGGCAAAACAGUCACCAGGAAGCGCGCAACAUGCUACUUCAAAACCCGCAGCUGGCUUACGCGCUGCUGCAGGCGCAAGUGGUGAUGAGAAUCAUGGAUCCAGAGAUUGCUCUGAAAAUUCUGCAUCGGAAAAUACACGUCACACCGCUGAUCCCAGGCAAAUCUCAGCCCGUCGCUGGCCCUGUGCCGGACCCCGUGCCGGGCCCCGCCUGCCCAGCACCGAAUGUUCUGCUGAAUCAGCAGAAUCCUCCAGCCCCUCAGCCUCAGCAUUUGGCUAGAAGACCAAUCAAAGACAUUCCUCCUCUGAUGCAGACUCCCAUCCAAGGUGGAAUUCCAGCUCCCGGACCCAUACCAGCGGCAGUCCCCGGCCCUGGCCCUGGCGCCUUAGCUCCCGGAGGAGCAAUGCAACCCCAAGUCGGAAUGCCAGGGGUUGGCCUAGUGCCUUUAGAGCGGGGACAAGUGCAGAUGUCAGAUCCUAGAGCUCCUAUGCCGCAUGGACCCAUGACUGCCGGCGGCCUGCCUCCCCGCGGACUGCUGGGAGAUGCUCCAAAUGACCCACGUGGAGGGACGCUGCUUUCAGUCACUGGAGAAGUGGAGUCUCGAGGUUACCUGGGCCCACCCCAUCAGGGUCCCCCCAUGCACCAUCCCUCUGGUCAUGACGGCCGCGGCCCUUCCUCACAUGAGAUGAGGGGAGGGCCGUUAGGAGACCCCAGAAUGCUAAUUGGAGAACCCAGAGGACCCAUGUUGGAUCAAAGGGGUUUACCUAUGGAUGGUAGAGUUAGUAGAGAUUCUCGAGUGAUGGAGACUCGAGCCAUGGAAACUGAUGUCUUAGAGUCACGAGUGAUGGAAAGAAGAGGCAUGGAGACUUGUGCAAUGGAAGCCAGAGGCAUGGAUACAAGAGGACUGGAGAUGAGGGGCCCCGUCCCCAGUUCGCGAGGCCAUAUGACCGGUGGAAUGCCAGGCCCUGGGCCCAUUAACAUAGGGGCAGCUGGCCCUCAGGGACCCAGACAGGUCCCAAGCAUUUCCAGUGUGGGGAAUCCUGGAGGUGGCAUGCAGGGGGCGGGCGUGCAGGGAGCGGGCAUGCAAGGAGGAGGAAUGCAGGGGGCAGGCAUGCAAGGAGUGGGCAUCCAAGGAGCAGGUAUGCAGGGGGCAGGUAAGCAAGGUGCAAGCCAGCCUAGCAGUUUUAGUCCUGGGCAGAGCCAGGUAACUCCACAGGACCAAGAAAAGGCAGCUUUGAUUACGCAGGUUCUUCAGCUAACUGCAGAUCAGAUUGCCAUGCUACCUCCUGAGCAAAGGCAGAGUAUUCUGAUUUUAAAGGAGCAAAUCCAGAAAUCCACUGGAGCUUCCUAAAAGGGUUUAGAAAAUGAGUGGCUUAUAGUUUAUUUUCAGUUUAUUCCUAGCAUGGAGAAUGGGUAAAAAGCUGACUUGUGUAUUCCCACACUUUAAUGAUUACAGUUGCCCUUCUACAACCUUAUUUCUUCUUGUCUUUAUUUCUGUUUUUGUUUUUAAUUGAGGGUAGGGGAAGGGAUGGGUUGGGUCUGUUCACUUUAAGUCUCUGUAAAUAUCCAAAAGUAACUUCGAAUAUGAUUAUUAUACCACAUAAAAAUAUGCGGCAAUGUCAAUGUGUGUACAAUAUGUUAAAUGCAUUUUUGAAAUACUGAGUUAAAACUGUGAAAACUGCAUCUAAGGACUAAAAGGUGACUUGUUAAAAUGGUAAUGUAUUCAGAUAGUUUAAGAUUUUUGGUUGUGUAUCAAAGACAUUUAUUUCCAAAUUAGAAUUUUUGGUAAGCUAUUUAGACUACAAAACCUUACUUUGGAGGCACUAGAACACUGUAUUAGGUUAAGUAUUAUGUAAGUUGUUUUGGAAUUGUUUUAAAAUGUUAGAGCCAACAGAUUAAGUUGAAACUUGUGUUGUUGGAACUGUCUGCCUCAAAAAAUAUCAAGGAUUGCAUCUGGUUUGAUGUUGCUUCAUUGAACCCAUCCUUAAGAAACCAGCAAGAUUCUGGUUUGGCUGCAAGUGUGAUGGUUUUGCUGAGACAGUUCCAGGAUCAACCAAAUUACUUAAGUCGGCUCUGAUGAGACCCAGUACUUUCCUGGCACCUUCCUAUUUCUCAAUAAUCUGUAAGCCCUAAAUCUGACUCUGAGUAGUUCUCUGACAGUCUUCCCCAAAAUAAAUG